GCUAUCCUAAUUCAAAUUUAUUUCACAACACUUUGAUAUAAAGUAAACACAAAUGAUUGAAUAUACCGGCAUGUUAAUUGUUAAAAAAACCUGGUAACAAAAUGUAGACGUUAUUUCACUGAAUGGUUGUUUAUUUCGUGUGUGUUGGGUCUUUGAUAGUCAUUGAUGUCUGCUCGAAGAAUUCAGAAACUUCGGAACUGUGAUCCAAAGAUGACCAGGGUGCAGCACAACAGAUCUGAUGCUGUCACAAGAAAACGCGAGGAGAGAGCCAUCAGGGAACAGUACAAGCGAGAGAAAAAAAUUGAGUCUUACUUGGCCGAUGAUGAAAACUUUCCUAGCUUCUCGACACAACUCGGAAAACUUGGUUUACAGCUAAGAGACAUCCCAGGAGAUGGAAACUGUUUGUUUCGUGCUUUGGGGGACCAAAUGGAGGGACAUGGGCGCAAUCAUUUCAAGUACAGAUUUGAUGUCGUAACAUACAUGUCUGAAAAUCGAGCAGAUUUUGAACCAUUCGUGGAAGACGAUGUUCCAUUUGAUAAACAUCUGUCCAAUCUACGUAAACUUGGAACCUAUGCAGGGAAUGAUGCAAUAGUGGCAUUCUCUCGUCUCCAUCAAGUGAAUGUAGUGAUCCAUCAAUUGAAUGCUUCUUUCCUACUGAUCCAAGGUAACCAGACCACCACAGCCCAAACCAAACAAAUUCACAUAGCUUACCACAAUGGUGACCAUUACUCCAGUGUCCGUAAGAUCAACGACAAUACAGAGUCCCCUGCCAGUAUCCAACUCAAGGUAGGACAUGAGCCAGAGGGUAAGACUGUGAAGGGAGGGAAACUGACCAAUGGUCAUGUGACUGGAGGUGUGGUAUCAGCCAUGCGUGAUGAAGAAAGCAUUGAGGAGGAGGUUAUGCUGGCCACUGGUUGUAUGGAUGUAGAACAAAUCCGGGACGUCCUUCUGGAUUGUGGGUAUGACGUAGAACUGGCUAUUGCUACAUUGUUGCAAAUUAUGGAGGUCAAUGAAAAUGGUAUAGAAGACACAACUUCACUGGCCUCUCAGCUGACAUCCACGGACAGUGGCGUGUGGUCCUCAAGUGAUUCCACUUCUCUCCAGAGUGGAGCAACCCAUGUACGAGAAAACAGCUAUGGAGGAAGUUCAGGCUACGGAUCAUUGAGCAGCUUCCCUGGUGGAGCUAGACCUAAAUUACCUCCUCAGAUGAAGACUACAUCAGCCAAAGAAAAAAGGGAGAAUAAAAAGCUUGAGAAGAAGAAGAGGGCAGAGGAACGACACAAAAUGAGAAUUAUGGGUAAAUCCCCUCAGCUUCCUGUUGAUGUUGAGGACAAUGCUGUCACCAUUGUCUCCAAAGACAUCAGCAUGAUGAAGAUCUAAAGCUAAAUAGUACAGGGAUGUUGUAUGGUGUAGGGACAGGCAAGUUCUCGGGCAAUUUAAACUGGCAUUGUAACUACAUGCAGUAAAUGUACAUCUGUGCAAGAAGUAGGCCAGUGAUCUGUGUUGUAUAGAAGUUUUAUUUUGGUUUUUUUAUUCGACUUGUGUGAUUUGCUCUCUAUAUAUGUUAAAAUUAAUUCUGUUAGUAAAAGUCAUGUUUACAUUACUGUAAAAUGAAUUUACUGUAGUGACGAAACAAAGUUACUAGUUCCUAGGCUAGUCUUUACAAAUCUUACUGUAGUGACAAAACAAAGGUACUAGUUCCUAGGCUAGUCUUUACAAAUCUAAAGUUACUAGUUCCUAGGCUAGUCUUUACAAAUCUAAAGUUACUAGUUCCUAGGCUAGUCUUUACAAAUCUAAAGUGGUGUUAUUUGCUCAGUGAUUACCUUGUAUCCUCUUUAAUUUUAUAUGUUAAUAUUGUGCAUCGAUUUGAAACUAAUUUGGUAUUGUGUAGAGCUAGAUUGGAAUGAAAUAUAAAUGUCCAUGGUAAUCUUUUUGCCUGUUGUAUUUUCCAUGUAUCACAUGUAUAUUCUUGCUAAAGCUCUUUUGAGAUAUUAAGAUUUUAUUUUCUUGUUUGGUAAUCAUUUUGCACACAUUUAUGAACGUGUGAAGUUUUACAUCACAUUUGGUAUAAUCAUAUCAAGGGGCAUAACCAUUUGAAUGCGACAUAAACAAGAAUAAAAUCAUUAGGUGGUCAGAAAAUAAAGAUUGUGGUACUCACAGCAGCUAUUACUGUCAGUAAUUACCGUAAUAAAACCUGAUGGUGGUAACCAAUAUUACGUGUCAGUAGUUAUCUGAAUCCAUUGCAUUACCCGAGUUUGUUUCAGACAUUUUUGGGUUUUUUCCCCACUUUGUAAAUGUGAUUGUUACUCCACUUGUCUUUCAUUGUUACAUAUUGAUAGUUGAAUAUUUUUGAUGGUAUUUAUUACACUGUUUUACUCUGAAUGUACUGGAUAGACAUUGCAUGAGGUGUUGAAGAGAUGCUUACAUGGCUCUUAUUUCACUUUGGUACAAUUUGCCAUGAAUCCUGAACAGAUUUGAAAACUGGGUUUUAUCCCAUGAUUAAAACAUACUACACUGUAGUAACCAGACAGAUUAUUUUUAUGAAAAAGAUUCGGGCUAGAAAAAAAACCUAAUAUGUCACAUGCACAACUUAUUGCUUCUAAAAAUAAACAGAAAUACUCACAAAUGGAAUAUAUUUCACAGAUAAUAUUUCAAAAAAUGAUAGUUUCAUUGAAUAUAUGUACAAUGUAACAACCUGUAUCUUGUUGAUAGAGGACAGAAUUCUUGGGUAAUUUUUAAUCACCAUGAAUUUAUUUGAACAUAUCAUUUUUCUUGUGUGUAUUAUGACUGUUAUCCCAUACAAAAUGAGUUUCAUUUAUAACAGAUAUAUUUUUCAGCAAUAAAUAUUAAAACAUA